GGCAAACUCUAGACCACUCGCCCUUUAGUUGAGAACAUGAGGUUAAUACAAAAAAAAUCUAGAGAUAAUAUUACCUGUAUUGGUACAAUGUUACAAUCAAACGGAAACGGCCACACAUCUUUAUUGAUUAUGUUCAGUAUCACUCAAUGUCAAUCCGUCAUGCAUCAUGUAAAACUCAAUAGUUUGUCCUGUUAUUCAUUACAUGCAAUAGAAAUUGUUGAUUUCUUCAUUCUACAACAAAAAGAAAAACUUAAACAGAAUCUAGAAAUUAAUCCACCAUGGAAAAACACCACAAACAAUCCUCUCAUGACAGUGACGAGAAAACAACCGAAUUCCGACCAUUCUCGCCGGCGGUAACACCUCAUAUGCGUACAUUUCACCUAUCAUGGUUAAACCUCUUCUCAUGCUUCUUCACCACCUUCUCUAUCCCCCCUCUCCUCCCCAUCAUCCGCGAUGACCUCAACCUCACAGCCGCGGACAUAGGCACAGCUGGCUCCGCCUCUUUUGCCGGCUCCAUCCUCUCCCGUCUCUUGAUGGGCCCUAUUUGUGACCUUGUAGGUCCUCGUAAAGCCUCGGGUAUUCUUUCUCUCAUAACCGCGCCCAUCAUCCUCAUCACUUCCAUCGCCUCAACUCCAGGUGAAUUCAUUGUCGUUCGCUUCCUUGUUGGCUUCUCUCUUGCCACUUUUGUUGCAAACCAAUACUGGAUGAGCUCCAUGUUCUCUGGAACCGUUGUUGGCUCAGCCAACGCUUUCGCUGCUGGCUGGGCCAACACUGGUGCCGGAGUCACACAACUUCUUAUGCCUCUAAUUUACUCAUCUAUCUUAUAUUUCCCACAUGUUUCAUCCUCAACCGCCUGGCGGUUAUCAUUCAUAGUUCCCGCCGUUUUUCAGGCCAUUACAGGUAUCUUAGUUCUAGCAUUCGGCCACGACAACAAACACAAAAAACAAAAUCAAAACCAUCCUCGUACUACUCCUUUGGAUUCAGUCAAUCCAAAGGAGAGUCACGAGAGUGCAUUGAAGGUAGUUUUUCGCGGGUUAGGCGAUUAUAGAGGAUGGAUAUUGGGAUUACUCUAUGGAUUCUCAUUUGGGGUUGAAAUGACAACAGAUAACAUAAUAGCAGAAUAUUUUUAUGACAGAUUUGGGGUGAAUCUACAAAGUGCAGGAACAAUUGCAGCAUGUUUUGGGAUGACAAAUUUUUUUUCAAGACCAAUGGGAGGGUUUGUUUCAGACAAAAUGGGGAAGAGAUAUGGUGUGAGAGGGAGAUUGUGGAGUUUGUGGAUUGUGCAAACAGUGGCUGGGUUGCUUUGUGUGUUACUUGGACGAGUUAACUCGUUGUGGAGUUCUAUUAUUGUUAUGUGUUGUUUUUCGGUUUUUGUUCAAGCUGCUUCUGGCCUCAUAUUUGGUGUGGUCCCUUUUGUUUCUAAAAGAUCACUAGGCGUAAUAUCAGGAAUGACAGGGAGUGGUGGAACUAUAGGAGCUGUUGUGACUCAAAUGCUCUUGUUCUCAGGUGAUAAAUUAUCAAAGCAAACAAGCAUAUCAUUAAUGGGCCUAAUGAUGAUAUUAUGUACUCUUCCUGUAACCUUGAUCUACUUCCCUCAAUCUGGUGGCAUCUUUUGUGGUCCUUCUGCAGAUCAUGAUGAUGAUGAUGAAGAAGAAAAUUAUAGCUUGUUGGAGUAGUUUAUUUAGAACAAUAAAUAUUCUAUAAAUUUUUUUAAAGAGUGCUUCAAAACACUCGUUAGAAAAACAUUAUUGUGAUAAUUCUGCGGUGUAUGUACAAAGUCCCCGACACCAAUCGAUUUUGAAUGACUUCUUUUGUGAAGCAUCCAACUCCAAUAAGAAAUGUUAUAUGCGUUUGUUUAUAAUAAACAUGUUUAUGGGACCA